CGUCGCAGAGCAGAGUCAAAGCAGCCAAAGCAGCCUGUGUGCGAGUGGACCAAGUGCUUGUUACAGCUUCUCUUUCACAUGAGCUAUUUCUAAACUCAAGGGACACUGCAAAGAAACAGGAUAAGAACUCCAGGACAGAAUAAAGGUCUCACACUCUGCUGCACCAUGCCCCUUCACCUCUUUCUUCCCCCUCUCCCCAUCUCGGUAGUCUCGCUGCCUCUUCUUCUUCUUCUUCUCCUUCCCUGCUCCUCUUCAGUCCCUCUCUCCUCCUCCUCUGCGGUGGACCCCGGUGGCCGAACAGAGUAUCGCAUCUCAGAUCCCACCUUCACCUGCUUCACUCACCUCGUGGUUCACUCCGGUACAGGUGACGUUUACGCUGGUGCUGUGAAUCGGAUUGUAAAGCUCUCCGCCGAUCUGAGACUGCAGGCAGGUCAUGUGACAGGCCCAGUGGUAGACAACAAUGAGUGCUACCCCCCUCAUAUUGUCAGACCAUGUGAACACAGCUUGGACUGGUCCAAUAAUGUGAACAAACUGCUCCUGGUGGACUACAGCGGGGACAGACUGCUGGCGUGUGGGACCAAAUGGCAGGGAGUGUGCAUGUUCCUACGCUUGGACAAUCUCUUCAAACUGGGAGAACUUCACCACCGCAAAGAGCAUUAUCUGUCUGGAGCACGUGAGGGGAUGGCAGGUGUAAUUGUGAGCGACAAGGACCACAAAGACCAGAAUCAUCUUUUCAUUGGUGCUGCGGUCGGAGGGAAGCCCAAAUACUUCCCCUCGCUCUCUAGUCGCAAGCUAGUGUCUGACACGGACACCCCCGACAUGAUGUCUCUGGUCUAUCAGGAUGAAUUUAUCGCUUCCCAAAUCCAAAUCCCGUUGGACACUGUUGCCCAAUACCCCAACUUCGAUAUCCACUACGUCUAUGCUUUUUCCAGUGGCUCCUUCAUCUACUUUCUCGCGCUACAACUGGACACCGAGCUCAAUGAGGGAGGUAAUGGAGGUGCGGAGAAGUUCUACAACACCAAGAUCGUUCGAUUGUGCUCCAAGGACAAUAGGUUUCAUUCUUAUGUGGAAUUCCCGCUGGGCUGCACCAAAGACGGAGUGGAGUACAGACUGAUACAGGCCGCGUUCAAACAGAGAGCAGGGAAGAAGCUGGCCCUGGCACUGGGGCUGGGCGAGAACGAUGACGUGCUGUUCGUGGUCUUUGCUAAGGGCCAGCAGAACCGGUCUAACCCCCCCACAGAGACAGUCCUGUGCCUCUUCACACUGCACGACAUAAACAAGGCCAUCACCGACAAGGUCAAGUCCUGUUUCCGGGGGGAGGGCAAACUGUCUAUGCCCUGGCUCCUCGGCAAGGAGCUUCCAUGUAUAAAUACGCCCCUGCAGAUUGAAGAUGACUUCUGUGGUUAUGACUUUAACCAGCCUCUGGGAGGGAAUCAUGUGAUCCAGGGACAUCCCCUAUACGAAGACCGUGUCCAGGGCAUGCGGGCCGUGGCUGGAUACACCUAUGGGGAGGACACCCUAGUCUUUGUGGGGACAAGGACUGGACAGUUAAAAAGGUUCCGAGUGGAUGGCGUGUCGCACUCCCAGAAUGCUUUGCUGUAUGCGACGGUGAGCGUGGUACAGGGGGAGCCCAUCCUCAGAGACAUGGCCUUCAGUCCAGAUCAUCGCUACAUCUAUGUGCUCAGCCCUAAACAGGUGACCCGUUUACCGGUGGAGUCCUGUGACCAGUACAGCACCUGCUCUGAGUGCCUGGCCUCCGGGGAUCCUCACUGUGGCUGGUGUAUCCUUGCCAACAACUGUUCGAGACGUGAGUCGUGUGACAAGUUUGAGGAGCCGCAGCAUUUUCACACUAGACAGGAUCAGUGUGUGGAUGUCCCAAGUGCUCCCAAACCCAGAGAAGACAUCAGUUUGGCCUGUCCAAUUUGAGAAGAAAAAAUAUAAUGAUAACCAAACUUAAAACUCCAAAAUGUUUUUUGUUUUUUUUUUCAAAUUAUGACACAAUGUUUUACACUACAAAAGAGGAAAAAACUGAUCUGAGCGAUGUAGAUGAAGUAUCUUUUCCAGAGACACAUAAACUGUGCUCAUGGUGAAAUUCAAACUGGUUACCCUCUGGUUCCUGAUUAAAGACCCACUACACCACAAUCAGUGUGUUUUUUGGGGUUUUUUUUUUUGUUUUCCAUUGCAAGAUCUCAACAUUAUAGACCUUAUUCAUCAAAUGUUACCCCAUAGCCACAAGAAAACUCAAUAUCCAACUCUGCUUCGCCAUAGACUGGGGGAAAUGGUGGAGGAAUGGCGACGGCUGGUGGUCAACUCUUGUACUGCAGGUGUCUUUCAUGCGUGCCUGUGGGUCUUGAUUUGUUUGUUUGUUUGUUUUUUUUGCUUUUUGGUUGUUGUUGGGGGUUUUUUUCAAAUUCAGAUGAAGCUUUUUUUUCUUUUUCUUUUUAUUUUUUUUUUUAACCUUUUAAACCUGUUUUAAUUUUGUUCCUUCAUAAAAUACAUACCUGGAAUUGU